ACAAUUGGACAAUUUCACAUCGUGUGGAUAAUGAAUUCAUUAUUUGCGGACUACAUACCGCGGCCUGUCGGCAGAACCACGUAAGAAGGCUUUAAUGUGACACAAGGGCGAGCAUGAUUCUGGCAGGAUCAGACCAUUUUCUGGCGGUACCUGUGGAAGCGACAGCAUUUCUCGGUGCCGUAGCUGGCUUCGUGGUCCUCCUGUUGGCUCUGUUCUUGUACCUGUCGCGCAAAUGGUGCUUCACCCCGCCAUCCACGACCACGCUUUUCGGCGGCGUUUGCGUGCCCCUCUGCGAAUCUAACAACGGUUCCACGUCGCAAAUUGCGAAGAACAUAGGCAAGGCAUUUUCCUACUCGGAUCCAGAGACCAGCUCCGAUUCGGAAGAGGACGUCCUUCGUCGAUUGAACUCGCAUUCUCAUCCGCCGCCGGACACUUUGACUAUCCAAGCGGAGGAUGGGCCGACCAUUCUCGUGCGUGGUAGAAGUCGGCGCCUCCGGCAUCAUUCUCGACAGCAGAGAGCAAGAGGUAGAGGUCGAGCAAAAUGGUUCGACCACCAAUGACGUUAUCACAACGAUGGGCACCAUCACCGAGGAAGUGGGCAGCUUGGAGGUCGCUUUCCUGUACGACGCGCCGAUGCGCGAGAUGACGGUUCAUGUACUGCAAGGACGAAAUUAUCCGGAAGGUAUAGGCGGCAGCCAAGUGCGGCUCGUGCUGUUACCAUCGAAGAAGCAACGCCGCAAAACUCGAGUGCGCCAGGGUACGUCUCCACAGUACAUGGAGAGUUUUCUACUCCCGCGUGUGAAUCCGGAGGACGUGAACGCCAUGGGUGUACGCCUGAGAGUGUAUCUGUGGGGCGGAAGGAUGCGACGGGAGAGAUUACUGGGCGAGGCCAGAGUCUCCUUCGAUCAGAUCAAUCUUCAGCUUGAAACUACACUUUGGUUAACGUUACAACCUCCACCGUUUUCUUCGGUACAAGAUUGGGGAACAACUAGUAGUUUGACUCGUAGCGACUCCACGGGAUCACAGCAGUCGGUUCAGUCGUACGCGUCACCGACGGCACGUAUGCCAAGCUACGCGUCGCACAUUGUACCUCCUUAUGGCAGUAGCAUGAAGGGCGGAAGCGUGGCGGAGAUUCUAAUAGGCUUGGCGUACAACGGGACGACCGGGCGUUUAUCGGUAGAGAUAAUCAAAGGGUCUCACUUCCGGGGUGGCGGUGGAAACGACACGAAACCACCCGACACGUACGUCAAGCUGGCUCUUGUGGACAGCAACGGCCACGAAAUGGAACGGUCGAAAACUGGCUUGAAACGUGCUCAACCGAAUCCUCUGUACAAGGAAACAUUUAUAUUCCAGGUCGCUCUGUUCCAACUUGGGGACGUCACUCUCUUUUUAUCGGUGUACAAUCGACGUAGAGGCGGAAUGGGAAGGAAAGGAAGAGAGAUGAUCGGUUGGCUCAGUUUGGGAUUGAACAGUUCCGGCUCGGAGGAGCUUCAACAUUGGAACGAUAUGCGCGCGGCGAGGCAACCGACGCAAGUGCAACGCUGGCAUUCGCUGUUGCGCCCUUGAAGCAUACGAUCACGAAAGAGUUCCUGUCACGGAGACACGUUUCACGAUGUUGUUGGCGAUAACGAUAUGGUUCGACAGAUAUAGAAACACGACAAUUGCGGCCGCUCUCUAUUGGAUGCCGUCUGUAACUGCCCACAGAAACAGAACACAGAAGUCAAUAUGUCGAUCUGUUGAUCCAGCUGAAUCAGAGCUGUCAUAAUUUUAGCAGUUUCUGGUAACUCUGAGUUCAAAACUCUAUCGAUGUACCAAGUACAUUCCUUUUUGAUACGCCGGACGGAGUUGAGGGUGUUUUCAACAUACAUAUUACGCCGCGUGAAUCCGCCGACGGAGAAUCGUCGUGGGAUACACAGCCAAGUCGAGAGCCCAUUAUGAACCGCGAUCCUCUAAUCGUUCUCCUUUGGACGACGCUAACUAAGCAAACGUAACUUUUCCUCUCUCGGCUCCGCGACACUUUUCAACGGGACACAUUCGAUUUGCAGUGCUUGUUCGUUUCGAAUCGAUCUACCACUUGGAUCUUGGUGUUUCGAUCGUAUGGUUCGAGAAUGGAUUGACACGCGCGAAACGAAUUAACCCCUUGGCUGCGUGAUGGUAUAAAUAUGUAAAUAUAAGGGGACAGGCU